GCCCCAAGUUAAAUACAAAUUCAAAAAAGUUUUUAGCAUUACCUUCAUUCAGAUUCAAACCCAAAACCCUAAACUCUUUGAAAAAAAAAAAAAAAAAAAAUCUGUGGAAUCAGAGUAAUUGGGAUUGUUGUUUGUUGCAAUCGUAGACUGUAGAUUGUAGAAGACGAAGACGAUAAUAUGUCUGCUAUUGUGUGUGGAAGCAAGAGAUCGUUCUUCGAAGAGCUUCCAGGAUCGCCUCCUGUAUCCAAGAGGCUACGCUGUGCCUCUUCAUCUUCACCUUCAUCUUCAUCCCCAACUCGGUUCACUCCGCCUUCUCUUAUUGAUCAACUUCGCUCUGUCUUUCCUCACAUGGAUUUCUACAUUCUUGAGAGAGCUCUGCAAGAAUGUGGUAAUGAUUUGGAUGCUGCCAUCAAGAGCCUGCAUGAGCUUUGCUUAAGAUCUGCAGAGGGAAAUUCAGUUUCUGCUGAAGUAUCAGAUGUAAAUGUGGAGAAGGGUAGAUUGCCGGAUGAUGAUAAUUUUGUUGCCCCUGAUAAUUCGUCAGUGCCAAACAACCUUCCCAUGGAAGGUGUGGAAUGGAUCGACUUAUUUGUAAGGGAAAUGACGUGUGCUUCUAGUAUGGACGAUGCCAAAGCACGUGCUACAAGAUUGCUAGAAAUUUUAGAGAGGUCCAUCAGCUCACGUGCUUGUGCCGAGGCAACACAAAAUGUCCACAAGGAAAAUGUGAUGUUGAAGGAGCAAAUUGAAGCAUUCAUGCGGGAGAAUUCCAUUCUCAAGCGUGCUGUGGCUAUUCAGCAUGAACGUCAGAAAGAGUAUGAAGAUAAGAACCGCGAGCUGCAGCAUUUGAAGCAGUUGUUGUCUCAGUAUCAAGAGCAGUUGAGAGCACUUGAGGUGAACAACUAUGCCUUGUCAAUGCAUUUGAAGCAGGCGCAACAAAGCAGCUCCAUUCCUGGACGUUUCCAUCCUGAUGUCUUCUAAGAGACUGAAACUAGCAUUUAAUAAUAUAGGGUCAGGAAUUAUGCUGCAUCCUUAGCUCAACAAAUCAUUCUAUAAUUUCUGGUUCCAGUGAGUACUUGCAUCUGGUAUAAUAUGUAUUAGAUGAAGUUUUCUGUAUCUUUUGCAAAUUUAGAUCAUAAAAUACAUUACUGGAGAAGGUAUACAACUGGGCACUGGCUUUAUUUUGUUCUAUGGGCUUGCCUACGGGGUUGAAAGUUGUAACGGUACUUGCUAAUACUCUCGUAGAUUCUGAAGAAAGUUCCCUAUACUUGAACUAUA